AUGAGGGGACUAUCUACGGUCCCAGACAGCCCCAGCAUGAGGAGACGAGGAGGGGCCGUUGGCAGCAGCAGACAGUUGGGCUAUGGUGGCGCUGCGGGGUCCUGUAAAGAUGUUGCCAUGCCUUUUGAGAGUUCCGUGCCUUUUAGCGACAUGUGUGACGCCGCUGUGCCGUCAGGGGAUGCCGUGCCGUCAGGGGAUCCCGUUCCGGAACGCAUGCCGCUUGAGGCAAGUGAUUGGGUUCCUGGUGGUUCGGCUUCAGGUGAUUCGGGGUACAGUCGCCGCCGCCGAGCGUCUGCCCAGUUUGACUCGUCGUCUGCUGGCGGUGCGGGUGGUGGUUCAGCAGAGGGGGGAGGCGUGCAGGGGAGCGUGCUAGGCCGGCCGUACGUGUCUCUUCAGAGCCGCUUCGUGGUGGGCAGGCGGGAGAUUGGGCGAGGGCAGUUCGGAGUGAUCUACAAGUGUGUGCCUCGUGGGGCGCUUGGUGGGGCUGCGUUCGCAUGCAAGACGAUCAAGAAGAGAAACAUUGAGACAAUCCCUGCAGCAGAGGACAUCCGAAGGGAGGUAGAAGCUCUGGAGCGGGUGAGAGGCCAUCCGGGGAUAGUGGAGCUGAGCCAUACAUUCGAGGACCCCCACGCGGUGCACCUGGUGAUGCAGCUGUGCCGCCAUGGAGAUCUCUUUGACCACGUCAAGACGCGCACACGCCUCCCCGAGCCCACCGCUGCGUGCAUUCUGUCGCAGCUGCUGCACGCGCUGCAGCACUGCCAUGACUCGGGCGUGAUUCACCGCGACGUGAAGCCCGAGAACGUGCUUAUAUAUGCAAGGGGAGGAGGAGGUGGGGACGGCGAGAAGGUGCUUGUCAAGCUGGGGGACUUUGGAGUUGCAACGCGGUUUUCUCCGGGUAUACCAUGCACGGACCCAGUGGGAACGGCCAUGUACAUGUCACCGGAGCUGCUGCAAGGCAGCUACGGGCCGGAAGCAGACGUGUGGAGCGCAGGCGUGGUGCUCUAUGUGAUGCUCUCUGGAGCUCUUCCGUUCUUUGCCACCAAGAACCGCUCGUUGGUGGAUGCGAUAUUGCAUUGGCCGGUUCGGAUGGAGGGGCCGCGGUGGGAAGGAGUGUCGGAGGGAGCGAAAGCAGUGGUGAGGAGGAUGCUUGAGAAAGAUCCAGAGGAGAGGGAAACGAUACAGCAAAUUCAUGAGAUUCCAUGGAUGAAGAAAUUCAAUAGUUGA